AGUGCAAUGAGCAAUGAAUAUUCAGAAUGUAAAUAGUAGAAGUCCUGAGAUAUUUUAUUUUAUAGUAGUACCAUAUGGAACUUUCUCCUGAGCUUGAGACCUGUAUAUCUUACUACCUAUGGGAAUCCUAUCUUGGAUUUCAGAGGGCACGUGUGGGCCAAAUCAGCCACUGCUUUUCUCCUGCUUACGACCUUCCAGUAUAAUCCCAGUUGCUUUGAGAAUAAGAUCCUACACUUAUUGUAUAAUGCCCCCUACAAUCUGGCCUAAAUUCAAUUACUAAUAAUUCUCUCACACAUUACAUUUGCAUCUCCGUGUUUGGGCUCUUUACAUGAAUGGGCUCUUUACAUGAAACUCUCCUUCCACCUCUGUUGCCUGGAAAAAUCCUAUUUACAGAGAACUCUGCUUAGGCAUCCCUUGUAGGAAGAAAACCUUCACUGAACCCCACGAUUGUGCUAAGUGUCCUUAAGUCUGUAUUUUCAUAGUAUCCUAUGAGUUUCUCAAUUUUUAAUCACCUCCCAUUUUAUAUUUAAAUGAUCUGUUUAUUUGUUCAUCUUUCACACUAACAAUCUGGGAAAGGCUGGAUCAGAUCAUACUUAUCUUUGUAUCCCUAGUACUUAGAUCAAUACUUGCAGAGAAUAUUUCCUUUUUAUUUCAUCUAAAUGAACAGACUUGUGGCGCCUGGGUGGCUCAAUCGGUUGAGCGUCCGACUUCGGCUCAGGUCAUGACCUCACAGUUUGUGGGUUCAAGCCCUGCGUCGGGCUCUGUGCUGACUGCUUGCUCAGAGCCUGGAGUCUACUUCAGAUUCUGUGUCUCCUUCUCUCUCUGCCCCUCCCCCGCUCACGCUUUGUCUCACUCUGUUUCUCAAAAAUAAAUUAAAAAUUAAAAAAAAAAUUUAUAAAUGAACAGACUUGACUUUCUUCUGGCCGGUUAUGUUCUGAGAUCUUGUCACUGAACCUGGUCUUUAAUCUCAGAAGUUGAAGGUUCCCAUAGAACCAGCUGCAAAGUUCCCAGAACACUAACAACACUAUGGCCAGUUAACUGGAGUAGGCUGCUGUGAAUUGGCCUCCCAUAACAGGUCCAGGGCUUGGAGCAGGAGCAGAAAAAGAAGGAUGGAAGCUGACCAAUGCAGAUUCCUGUUUCUAUUAUUUCUUUUCAUGUGCCAACUAUCUCCAGAAGUUGCUGCAGAAGUUCAGGAAUCCUCAGAUGAUUCUGGUGCUUCCCGGGAAACUGUGCAGCUCACAGAUGUCCCAGCUGCCAUGGAAUUCAUUGCUGCUGCUGAGGUGGCUGUCAUAGGUUUCUUCCAGGAUUUAGAAAUCCCAGCAGUGUCCCUAUUCCAUAGUAUGGUGCAAAAAUUCCAAGCCGUGUCAUUUGGAAUCAGCACUGAUUCUGAGGUUCUGGCCCACUACAACAUCACUGGGAACACCAUUUCCCUCUUCCGCCUGGUGGAUAACGAACAAUUGGAUUUAGAGAGCAAAGACAUUGAAAGCAUUGAUGCCACCAAAUUAAGCCGCUUCAUUGAGAUCAACAGCCUCCACUUGGUGACAGAGUACAACCCUGCGACUGCGAUUGGCCUAUUUAAUAGCAUGAUUCAGAUUCAUCUUCUACUGAUGAUGAACAAGGCCUCCCCAGAGUAUGAGGAAAGCAUGCACAGAUACCAAAAUGCUGCCAAGCUCUUCCAGGGGAAGAUUCUUUUUGUUCUGGUGGACAGUGGUGUGAAGGCCAAUGGGAAGGUGAUCUCGUUUUUCAAACUAAAGGAGUCUCAACUGCCCGCUUUGGCAAUUUACCGGACUCUAGAUGAGGAGUGGGAUACACUACCCAGAGCGGAAGUUUCAGUGGAGAAUGUGCAGAACUUUUGUGAUGGAUUCUUGGGAGGGAAACGGCUGAGAGAAAAUCAUGAAUCCGAAGAAAAGACUCCAAAGGUGGAACUCUGAGCUCUCCCUGAUACUCCCGCAUACUACUAAGAAUUUACACGAUAUAACAAAAGGGCAACUCAAACUUCAGAGAUGCUAACCAACAGGAUGAACAGGCCUUAAACACACACACACACACACACACACACACACACACCUCCAUUUUGUUCCUUAAAAUCUCAUUUACUCUCCUUAUCCUUUCUUUUAAAUUGUCUACACUCUCUCACUACCCAUCCGAUCUUCUUCUACGCAUUCAUACUGUGUAGUCCCAUACACAGCAACACACAUCACUGAAUGGAGCCUUUAAGAGAAAUAUUGUGAUAUUUCUUUGAAGGAGAGGCAUUCCUGGAGGGAGGAUAUUCUGAUUUGUCAUUUAAUAUUGAAUCUUUAGAACUGCACAGGACGUACAUGCAACAUAGUUUCUGCUCUUUAGUGGUUAAGGGUUGAAACUCUACCUUCCUCAUGAGCACAUGUCCCUGUCUAACUCCCAGCUGAGAACAAAAGGAAGGUUUAAACACCUUUGCAGAACUGCGUUUUUGCCGGGGUCAACCGGUGUUUCCAAGUCUCUAAACUCAGCAGAAACAGACUAUGUAAAAACUCUAUGCUUGUGUAGCAUUCCUAACUCCCCAUGUAAAUCAACAACCGCAUAAUAAAUAAAAAGCAAUAAUGUUAUAAGAAAA